AUGGGCAAUGGUGAGGGUUGUUGCCAUGUUCAGGGCUUCAUUCUCGGGUUAGAUCAGCCGCCGUGGGUGGAUGUCCUCUGGCAGGAGCAUCUUGACCCGACCCUCAGUCAGGCCAUUGCGAAGGGUUCUUUCGCGGACAAGUUUGUGGCUCAUGAUCUGCGUGAGAUCAUCUCGAGCGAAGCAGGCGCCAACGAUGGCUUUGGUUUCCAUUUCCUGACGUUGACUGUGUACUUGAUGAGCCAUGCCAAUGGUGAUGGUUCUUCUGGUGGACAUGGCGCAGUGGCGGCGGCCGAGGUGGUCGCUCGGACUGCGGAAGGAGUGGGCAGGCUCGGUGGAGGCGUCGACGUAGCGAUCGGAAACUGGGUGGUAGAGACGUGGCUGCCUCGCCUCUUCCUUGUAGGCAUCUGCGGCAUGCUCGGCACCGACGUCCUGCUCGCCUGCUUUGUCGCUGGCAACGCCAUGAACUGGGACGGCGAGUUCCUCCGCGAGACCGAAGCGCGCCAUGACGAGGUCAACUCUUGCAUGGACGUCUUGCUCAACUUUGGCGGCUUCAUGUACAUCGGUACCAUGAUGCCGUGGAGCGAGCUCCACCAGCCCGACAUCACCGGCCUGACUUGGGGACACCUGAUCGGCCUUGGCUUCCUCGUUCUCUUCCGCCGUAUCCCCGCCAUCCUUGGCAUGUACAAGUUGAUGCCAAAGGCGUGCAACAACUACAAGGAGGCCUUCUUUAUGGGUUACUUUGGUCCUAUCGGUGCCGGCGCUGUGUUCUACUUUUGCGGUGUCAAGCCGAUUAUGGACGAUGCGGUCGUGGUGCGUUGCAAGGCUGUUCGGGUGCCGACGCCUGCCAAUGCCGAGGUGAACGACAAUAAGACGUUUGUCGCGUACAACCGCUUCUCAAGGCCGUUAUUCGAGCCGGGCGAGCUGCCGAUUGUCGAGGGGCGCUACAGUGGGCACAUGCAUCAUGACGGCGGUCGGGCGGCGACGCCUGAUUCGGUCGAGCUUGGGAAGGAGAUGAGUUCGGGCAGUCAGAGCAAUCGCGCUAUACGCUUUAGUCAGAACAGGUUCUGA